GGCUGGAGUUGAUUCUAAGAUAGCAGAUUGUCCGUUAUGUCAGCGGUUGUUUAUGAUCAUUGUCCUGAAGAAAAUCAAAUAUCAAGUCUGCACAGUAAAUAAGGACAUCUUACCGGCAGAAUACAAGAAAAUAUUAGGAAACACACCGCCUCCUGUGUUAUUGGAUCCUAACGUUCAGACUGACAACCCUCUUGGCAAGGUUAUCGAUGACAUCAUCAAGGCAGAGCAUUACCUCGAGUCUGUGUUCCGACCAAAACUUGAAAAUUCAAACCCAGGCGCCAAGAAAGUUGGCUCAAAUGUCUUUAGUAAAUUCUCAGCAUUGAUGAAGAACCAAGAUGCAUCUAAGAGGGAUACUCUGAUUCACAGACUAAGAACAGAGCUUCAGAAACUUGAUGAUUUCUUGAAGGAUACAUCUGAAGAUGAUGAACUGUCUCCAGGACGUUGCCUUGAAGGUGAUAACUUCACGCUAGCAGACUGUGAUCUCCUACCAAAACUUCACCGUGUUGAAGUCGCAUGCAAUAAGUAUUUCAAGUUUGAUGAAGUAAUGGAGGGUUUUGAGGCCGUUCAGAGAUACCUUGAUAACUGGAAGGAAACACCCAUCUACCAUAUCGUCAAGUACGACGACAGAGAAGUCUACAACACCUACCGUACCGUGGUCAUGAGAUCAGAGCAUCGGCCGGGGGCUGGAAGACAUUAAACCAGUCCAGAGAAGCAGCUAGGGAAGAGGAAAGAUCCACCAACUUGGCAUGAAUUGUAUUUCAUAUGAUGUUUAACUAUUUGCCAUUGCAAGGAACUAUUUCAUAUACAGCGUAGCUUGGAGCACAGCUAGUAUGUGAUGAUGGAAAAUAUGUGACACUCCAAAACAAUCUAAUGUCAUUGUGCAGAUUGGCUCCAUAAGCUUUUUGAUAACAAUACCCAUCAUUAUGAUUAUGUAUACAACUUUUCAGGUAUUCAAAAUGUUAUUCUUCAGUUCAAAUUAUAUGUAUUUCAUUGAUAUCAAUGUUCCUCAACUUGUAAAAUUAAGCCCCAAACUUUUAGAUUUUUUUUAAAUCUUAAAGGGGAAAUUAAUUUUGAAAGAGCCAUUGUCCAUUGCAUGAAAUGGUCAAGCUGGCUUUUGCUGCACAUGAUGUCUAACGUCAAUGAAAAUAAACUGAUAAUUUGAUUGAAUGAUAAUUGGUUCUGUUUAAUGAAAACAAUGUGCUUGUAUUGUGAAAAGAUAUACAUGUAUCACGGCUAAAAUCAUGUAUUGAAAUGAUGGUAUAGGUUUUCAGUGCAUGGAAUUGUGAGUAUCAAGCAACAACACAUUUUAGUGCUCAACUGAUGUUUACAAAACUACAGCUUGAUAUCUUAUCAAAUAUAUACUGUAUAUUUGUACUUUAUGAAAUGAAUGUUUUAGAUAGGUCAUAAGAUACAAAUAAAGAUAAUAGAAAUAGAAAGUUCUUAUGUUUAAAAGAGAGAGACUUGAAAGAGCAAAAAUCGAGAAGGAAUAUUUGCUGGAAAUUUGAAUUGCCCAAUUGAAUGAAAAUGGGAGAAAUAACAAUUAGAUCAUUUGUUAAUGAGAUUAAAAUCUACACUUAAACAUUUUUUUAAUUUUACUUCUUGGUCAUAUAAACCAAUUUCAUGAAAGAUUAUAAAGAGAUAGAUUUUGUUGUGUAUUCAUUUUGUUACAUUUUUAUCAUUGUAAUCGAUCUCCAUUGGAAUGUUAUUGCUGGGGAAAUCAAAUAAUGUACAUUUCUAGCUUGCAGCAACUUUUGUUUCAUUGUGUAUUUUCCACCUCACACAUCUGUCUUUAACAUCCAUCUAUUAUAAUCAAGGAUGAUGAUUUCAUUUCAAUUACCAUUGAACUGAAGUGUUGCCUAUUAUUAACCCCUUUGAUAGUUUACAUUUUGCAAGACAAGAUAAGAAUAUCAAUUUACAUGUAUUGUCAGCUUGAAAUUUCCUCAAAUAUAUGCAAUACUCCGAAUUUCAAAGAUUAAUAUCUGCCAUGAGCCAAAGACAUUGAGUGAUUUAACUUUACAUGUAUUCUUGAUCAAUUGACUGGACCAGUAAAUUCAACUAUCUCUGUCUCUUCGCAAAGAAAUUCAGGUAAAACUUGUACUGUGAAUGAUUUUUCAGUCAGAAUGAACCAAUGUCUUGUCUAUUUUUUAUCACAAAUAUAAUAAUUAUGUACAAAAUGAUGGUGCCAAAUUUACUGGUUAAAAGCAGUCUGUAAUUAAUACUGAAAUUGAUUAUAUCAUGCAUUUAUGACAGUCCGUGAUUUUAGAUUUACAUACAGCAUGAAUACGAGCUUUAUGUACAACGUAUCCAGCCAUUUCACCCAGAGUGAGUUUUUUUUUAAUUCUUCUCCCCAAACGGUCAUCCUACGUGUAGCUUAAAUUUGAUGGUAGGAGAAAAAUACGGUAUCAAUUUCCAGUUAUUCUCCAAGGUUUUUGUGGUUUGCAAGAAGCGAAGGGUAUUUGAGAGAGCAUGUAUACUCAUUAUCCUAACACAUUUGUAUUUAGAUUCAUAUUGAUGAAAAUCAGGCCCAUCAAUCUUUAUGUUUUAUUUUUCAUAUAUUCCUCACUUCUUUAUAAAAGUCAGCUUAUAUUUUUUCAUGGUUCUAAUUGUUUAUUAAUUAAAAUCUAUAUGUUCUAUUUAAAAAAAAUCAAGUGGUUUGAGCCAUAGCAAGUUAAGAACAAUACAUUGUUCAUGGAAAAAAGUAUAUAAUUUUAAGAAUAAUUAGGAAAGAUAUAAUUAUUUCUCUUCUCUUGUACUUAUUGAUCUUCAUAGUGAAUUUGAUAAUUGAUAUAAAAUGUAAUCAUGAUAACUGGAAAAAAAAGUUUUUGACUCGUGAAAAUAUAGAAAAAAAAAUUGUGGGAUAUAAUCAGUAUAUUGAUGAAUAUGUCUGCAUGUAAAUCAUGAUAUUGUCAUUUCAAUAUGAGCUCAUACUCUACCUGGAUGAAUGUUUUACUCAUUUAUCUUUGGGAAGACAAUGAACAGUUUCAAAUAAUCAAAUUUGUAUGAUGUGAAUGUAUCAGAAAAUGAAUUAUGUACAUUGAAUAAUCAAGACAUUUGGUAUCCUCAAUUAUAUCUUAAAAAUGAUAAAUCUCUGGUGGUAUCUUUGGAAAUGUGAAGUUUAGCGAAGUACACUGUCUAUUUUUGUUUUAUUCAUACAGUAUUAAGGUCUCCUCUGUCUUACUUAUCCAACCUUUAAGACACUUUAUAAACAACAUUCAAUUUGGCUGCAUUUAAUGAUGAUGUUGUAGACAUUGCAUCUAUUAGAUUCAAGCAUGUAUAAAUGAUACAUUAUAAUGUUUAUCCAAGAUAUCAAUGGAAUGAUUAUGUUCUAAUCAAACAAUAUUUGGGAGAUUGUAUGCAUGAUGUUCAACUAUUGAAUAGAAAUUCCUUGUGGAUAUGUUGUUAUAACAACGCUUUAUAAAAUGGGACCGAGGAUAUUCUUCCUAAAAUAACAUAAACAGAAGUUAAUACCUCGUAUUUCCAUAUUUUUCCAAACUUUCAUUUAUUUCUGAUGCCCCAAAUGAAUGAAUCAUUUUGUGAAUGAUAUAUACUUGAAAAACAGCAAGGACAGAAAAGAAAAAAAAGGAAAGAUUGAUAAUAAUUUGAUAUUUUUGUUUACAGGAAAAACUUUGUCAAGAGUGAUACAUUAUGGUAAAACAACUCAUUUGUUUUACAAUGAACUUAGAUCGUAUGCUUAGUUCUACAGUAUUGUAAUCUAGAUAGGUACGGAAUGGAUUUAAGACUAAAUGGUAAUUGUUGUGGGAGCACAAUUCAAGGACUUGACCUUAUUUGUUUAUAAUUAUAACUUGCUACUCUCUUUGUAUCUUUAUUUUAUCAUUGCUAUUCACUCUGUAAAAAGAAAUUUCUUUGAAAAUAAUUGAUGCUAAUUGUAAACAAUUCUGUUAGAUAUUUUUUGAUAAUUUUCCCACCAUCACCAAAAAGUGAAAAACGAAUGACUUUAUAAAGGUGAUACAUUGAAAUGACUGUAUUAACCAUUUAUUCAUACUAUUAGUAACUCAGAAUUCAUUAUAGAUUAUGUAACCAUGUAAAGUUUUGUUGAUAUUUAAUCAUGUAAAUAGAUAUUGCUCUUUGAUCCUGCAAGUUUAAAAGAUAAUGAUGUACAUUUAUGUGCCUAUGAUUUGGCUUUUUGUGAUGAAAUGGUGUUAUUUUUCUAUUCAUUUAUUCUAUAAGCAGUCAAAUAUUGAAACUCAUCUAGCUGUAGGUUUCUUUAUUGUGAACAAUGAUAAUUAGAUUCUAGGUGUAGUAGAACAGCGUUUACUUCUCAUAAAAUCAUAUUGGGUCUUAGUUUAUUGACAAAUAUUUAUAUGUACAGAAACCAUUUAAUUUUCAUUUAGGUACAUAUAGUUAUAGAAUCCCUUCCUCUUAGAAAUCAGUUAGCCCAAAGCUUCUGAAAACAACCUGAUCUUGAAAUAAUAUAAUGUUCUUUGUGCUUUAUCUGUAUGAAGUCAAGUUUCAUUUGUAAAAGCCUUAUAAAGCCUUAAGAUGUAUGUCAGUCUUAUAUGUAGCCUAAUUUCUUUAUGUAACAACAAUCCAAUGAGGCGUACAAAGAAUAUUGAUUUCAUAAUUUGAUGUUUGUAUACAGAGGUCUUGUCUUGAUGGCUCAUAUUUACCGACUGAAUAUUUUUAGUUAUACAUUCUUUUAGAUUUUAGAUAAAAUGAAAGGCGUGAGUAAAAUUGUUCCCUGCGUAUAUGUCCAGUACUUAAACUUGUACUAAAAUGAGGAGUACUAUAUGAAACCAAAUACAAUCUGUAAUGCUGUUAAUUGGUUAUCUUGAGUUUGAAAUGAUGUGUUGUACAUGCAUUGAAAUCAUUUGUGGCAAAAAAUGUAUGAUUUAAAAAAAAAAAAAUUAUACUCAGUUUGAUUCAUUCAAGAAAACCUACUUAAUUUGCUUCACUUGGAAAAGAGAAGAAAAGAAUGAUAUUUAAACAGGACAUUGAAGAGAUAAAUAAUCCUGUGGUUUUACACUACAAAUAUAUUUUUGGAUAUUAAAAGCAAAGGAAUGUUGAUAAUCCCUUCAAAAAUGUUAACCAUAUUACCAAUAAUCAAUUAGACUUGGGACUUUGGUAUUUAAUUUUCACUAUUUAAAUAUCAUAAGAUGUGCUUUGAAAUAACCAUCCAUUACAUGUAUUUGCAUAUUAUCUGCUUCUGUAUACUACAUACUAUGUAUUUUGGUUUUCUUUUUCUUUUAUUUUUUUCAGUAAUGAACAUUAAAUUUUUUUUUUCCUUUUCACUAUUUUAUGAUUUCCAUUAUUGAAAUAUCCUUGGUGUUUGAUCAUUGUAUCCUUUUACUAGCUUAUCUUUUGCUUUGGCUGUGGUAUCGCUCUCCAAUAAUCUAUGUUAGUCUGUUGAGAAUCAUCAUCAAUACAAUGCCAUUAUACCAUGUAACCCUA